AGUCUAGUAGUACAGGUCUGAUUGUUGUCAUGAAGUCUAAAGGGUCUAAACCAGUCAAAAUGCACAUAUGACGCCCACAUUGUUAAUAAAUGUACAGACAGUAUCAUACAUUGUACUCAAAGCAAUGACACACUAUAUGAAAUGUUAAAUAUAGAUCAGAAAGCACCGAACAGGACGACGCCAAAUAGGCUAGUGUGCGCAGGCAGGUAAUCGGAUUACACCUCUGAGAAACCACGCACGAGCUCAUCGUGUACUGUCUCUACUGAACAAUACAUUCUAAAUUUAACGUCUUGUUCUGACUCUCAUUCCCAAUGCCGCUCUUUAUUAAUCGAGACCAGAUUUUUGCACAUCAAGUCCAUCUUCUAGAGCACAAACUACGGAGUAAAGAGGAGCGUAUUUUGGAGUUGGAAACAGAGAACGCUCUCCUUCAUUUGAGACUCGCUGAGUGUCUAGUUAAACUCCGCCAUGAGAGGAAGGAGGAAAUCCAUGUCCAGAGACAGAAACAUCAGCAGCAGAGGAAGGUGCAGAAGUCCACACACGCAGCUCUCUUCAAACUUCUGUCUGAGGUUCAGAUGCUGAAACAGGACUUGAGGGAUGUUUUUACCAUCUACGUGGGGUUUGCUAAAGAGCUGGAGGAACAAAGCAAGCAGCUGUUUGAAUGUGUGGGCACUGCCAGAAAUGCUAUUCAGGAUUUCCAAAGUGAUGACCUUCAGAACCUCCGGGUUCAGGUGACCGCACUUGAACGCUCUUUACAGGAAGAGAAGGAGAGGUGCAGAGAGGAGCGGGCGAGGAGGAGGCUGCUCCACAACACCCUGGUUGAGCUGAGGGGGAAUAUCAGAGUUCACUGCAGGGUGCGUCCAAUUCUUCACUUUGAUCACAUCCCAGGAUCACCCACAACCAAUGGAUCUUCAUCAUGUGAAGCAGUAGUGCAGGCGAUCAAUGAUGACUCUGUUUUUGUGAAUGGCGCCAAAACCUCAAGUCCUGUAAUGAACAAAAUAUUUGAGUUUGAGAGAGUACAUGGUCCAGAAGACAGCCAAGAGACUGUGUUUGAGGAGGUGAAACCACUUCUAACAUCUCUACUUGAUGGGUAUAAUGUAUGUAUCAUGGCAUAUGGCCAAACGGGCAGUGGAAAGACACACACAAUGAUUGGCUCCCGGUCUGAGGAUCCCACAGCUGCAGUGCAGGACUCUCAACAGGGCAUCAUUCCAAAAGCAGCCAAUGAGCUAUUCAAGCUGAUCUCUGAGAAGCCAGCGGACAGUCAUACGGUGGAGAUGUCAGUGGUGGAGGUCUAUAAUAAUGAAGUUCUGGACCUGCUGGCCAGAGAUGAAGAUGGGGCGACAGUUGGGGUAAAGAGAGAGGUCAUCACCACCAGCACAGGCAGCAGUGAGGUGCCCUGCCUAACAUAUGAGUUGGUGCGGAGCUCUGCAGAGGUAAUGCAGCUGAUCAGUUGUGUGUUAAAACUAAGAUCUCACAGUCCCACCCUGGUGCACAUGGACUCCUCCAGAUCUCAUUUCAUCGUCACCCUCACAGUCACCUCCAAAAGCCCAGAUGCACUGGCUCUAGCUCGUCGUCUGCAGAAUGCUAGACAGGAUGUCCAGCGGGUGUCUCAGAAGGAGUGGUGGAGCCCACGCUGCCGCAGGGCCGCUUCCUCACGCUCAUCUAGCCCCGCCUCCUCACCCUGCCACUCCCCCGCCUCCUCACCCUGCCACUCGCCAUGCCCCUCCCCCCGACCCAGCAUCACACAGCCACCCAUCAAAACCAAGCUGCAGUUGGUAGACCUGGCUGGGAGCGAGUGUGUAGGGGUGUCAGGUGUGACCGGUGCCGCUCUGUGGGAAAGCUCCUGUAUAAACCGCAGUCUCUCGGCUUUGUCUGAUGUUCUGGGAGCUCUAGCCGAAAGACGACCUCACGUACCCUACCGCAACAGCAAACUAACACAUCUACUACAGGACGCCAUAGGAGGGGAUGCCAAGCUUCUGAUAAUGCUGUGCGUAUCUCCCACUCAACGCUUCCUCACCGAAUCUCUUCAGUCCCUGGGGUUCGGUGCCAGAGCCAGACAGGUUCAGAGAGAGCCCCCACGAAGGAAAAACACGGCUCUGAAGAUGAAGUAACCAACAGGGAGAUCCAUUUAAUAGCAGCUUGUGUGUUUUUAUUUGUAUGAAUUUUUGUCACAGGUUUAUGGUGCUUAGGUCAUUGUUGAAAGUUGCAGUGCUUUGUAAGAACACUUUAGGGUUAAAUUUAUGUUGAUAUCAUAGUUAAUGCUUAUUAGUGAUUCAGUAUUGUCAAGUUACACACAAUCUCUUGCACACUGGGGAUGUUCCUCUGACAAAAAGUUUACAGGUUUUUGUGUCUAGUGUGAGUGGAAUAUUUCAGAUUAUGUGUCUGCAAUUAACAAUUAGUUUGUACUAAAGUAUUGAUGUGAUGAUGAAAAAUGUAUGGCUUUUAAGUAAUAGUGUUUGCAACCUGACUCUAGUUGACCUUAUUUACUGCAAAGUAACUUAACGCCUUUCCAAUGUAUCACUAUUUGUAAAUGUUCAAA